UGUGGAACCCUAAAUUGAUUGAUUAAUUAGGGUUCUUUGGCCGCACGUUCAGAGCUCUCUCUCCCCUUCAAAGCAGCCUUCACUUCCAUAGGAAAAAAAAAAUAAACUAUCUUCUCAAUCUUCCAAGCCAAGGUUUGAUCGCUUGUUCGUCGACUAUCAAGCCCUGUUUUUUACCAGAUUUGUGCUUGUCUUUCCGUAAUGGCGACUAGACUUCAAUUUGAGAACUCAUGUGAAAUUGGUGUAUUCUCGAAGCUGACAAAUGCAUACUGCCUGGUUGCUAUAGGUGGUUCUGAAAACUUCUACAGUACGUUUGAGUCUGAAUUGGCAGAUGUCAUUCCUGUUGUUAAGACAUCCAUUGGUGGAACCAGGAUUGUUGGACGUCUUUGUGCUGGAAACAAAAACGGGCUUCUUUUGCCUCAUACCACAACCGACCAAGAACUUCAACACUUGAAGAACAGUUUACCUGAUCAAGUUGUGGUGCAAAGGGUAGAUGAGAGACUCUCUGCUCUUGGGAAUUGCAUAGCAUGUAAUGACUAUGUUGCUCUUACACACCCUGAUCUUGACAAGGAAACGGAAGAGCUGAUUGCUGAUGUUCUAGGUGUGGAAGUAUUUAGACAGACUAUUGCUGGUAAUAUCCUUGUUGGAAGUUAUUGUUCAUUCACCAACAAGGGUGGAUUGGUCCAUCCUCAUACAUCUAUUGAAGAUUUGGACGAGCUUUCAACACUCCUCCAGGUCCCGUUGGUGGCUGGAACAGUUAACCGUGGUAGUGAAGUCAUAGCAGCUGGCUUGACUGCUAAUGACUGGACCGCGUUUUGUGGGUCUGACACCACAGCUACUGAGCUGUCUGUUAUUGAGAGUGUUUUCAAGUUUAGAGAAGCCAAGCCAAGCUCUAUUGUCGAUGAGAUGAGGAAAUCGCUCAUUGAUACCUAUGUCUAAAGUGGAAACAUCAUCCUGACCUAUGUCUAAGACACCCAUAUUUAUGUUUUUUUUGUGUCAAGUAUUUUUUUUUGUUCUUAUCUGAAAGUUUAAGUUUGUACUAAUUGAUUUACAUUAUAUAUGGAUCUUAAUGAUUUUAUGAUAUCUCCUUUCUUAGUGCCCCA